AUGGCUGCCUCUAAGGCCGAGUCUCAAAAAAUCUUCGAGAAAUUGAAACUGAAGCCGGCAAACAAGGUCUGCUUCGAUUGUGGCUCCAAGAAUCCAACAUGGUCGUCCGUUCCGUUUGGCAUCUAUCUGUGCCUGGACUGUUCCUCUAACCACCGCAACCUGGGUGUCCACAUCUCCUUUGUUCGCUCCACGAACCUCGAUCAAUGGCAAUGGGAUCAGCUGCGGACGAUGAAGGUCGGUGGUAAUGAGUCCGCUACCAAAUACUUCCAGUCGCAUGGGGGCUCCGCUGCUCUGGCCAGCAAGGACGCUAAGGUCAAGUACACGUGCAAUGCCGCGAACAAGUAUAAGGAUGAAUUGAAGAGACGCGCCGCGGAGGAUGCCCGGCAGUUCCCUGACGAGGUCGUGGUUGACGUUCCGGCUGGUACCCCGUCCAACGGCUCCAACACCCCCGCGGAGGCCGACGACGAUUUCUUCUCCUCGUGGGACAAGCCCUCGAUCAAGCGCCCGAGCAACCCUCCCUCCCGCACGGGCACCCCGCCCGUCGUCGGCCGCACGUCGUCGCCCUUCCUGAACGCGGGCGCAAACGGAAACGGCACCACCCGCUCCAAGUCCCCCCUCUCGGCCUCCGACAAGGAAUCUUCGCCCGCCCCGGCAGCCAUCAGGUCGAGCGCGAGCGUGCGGAAGACCGCGGCCACAGGCACCGCGAAGAAGGCCAGCGUCCUGGGCGCUAAGAAGGCCCCCAAGCUUGGCGCGAAGAAGGUCGUCGCUGCCGACACAAUCGAUUUCGACGAGGCCGAGCGCAAGGCGAAGGAGGAAGCGGAGCGCAUUGAGAAGCUGGGCUACGACCCCGAAGCUGAACAGGCUGCGGCGGACGCCAAAGCGGCCGCGGCCACCGCCGCCAAGCCCAUCGCCGCCCCCUCGCCCAUCAGUCCCCCCAAGCCCAGCUUCGGCGCGUCUCGGUCGUCGCAGGACCGGAACUCGAGUGACGUGGAGCGUCUCGGAAUGGGCGUUGGCCGGCUGGGAUUCGGCCAGACAUUCAGCAAGAAACCGGUUGCCCCGAAGCUGGGCUUUGGCUCGGUCGGUCCCGUCGGGGCGGUCAGGACCGCAGAAGAUGAUGCGGAAAUCCAGCAGAACACGACACGAUUUGGCCAGCAGAAGGGCAUCUCGUCCGACGAAUUCUUUGGCCGCGACCGUUUCGACUCCAAUGCCCAGUCCGAGGCCAAGGAGCGGCUUCGUAACUUCGAUGGUGCGACUGCCAUCUCCAGCAACACUUACUUCGGGCGACCAGAGGACGAAUUGCCUAUGGGCGACGACACCUACGGCGAUCUGGAAACGGCAGCCAAGGACUUUGUGCGCCGCUUCGGCAUCACGGCCGGUGACGAUCUGGAGAAUCUGUCGAAUCUGGUGGGCGACGGUGCGGUGAAAUUGCAAGGCGCCAUACGGAGUUAUCUGAACAGCUAG